GGAUCACAGCAGCAACAGUGGGCUGAAAACAUAGAGACGCUGCCGGAUCUUGUCGCAGGAAACACGCCAGAAAAGUCCCCACAGACUUGCCCCUAACCAGUAUCCAUGUAGUCAGCUGUUGCAUGAACUCCUGGGUGGUUUCAGGGGAUGUGGGAUUCCUGUCUGUCACCCAGAGGCACAUGCUGACAGGGGCCUGAUGGGAAAAUUUUACCUGCUGCAACACCCACCAGCUCCGCAGAGAUGUCACUUGAAGGAGUGAAAUGUAGAUAACUGCAGGAGCCAGAGGAAUUCAGCAUUUGGGCCAAGAUAUCCUCACACUGUGCCAAAAAAGAAAUCUGUUCUAGUUUCUAGUUUAAUUAAAACACAUACACACACACAUACACUCUCUCCCUCCCAAUCAGUUGCAACAAUGCCGAUGCCAGGUCCACUGUGGGUGUGCCUGGCACUGAUAUGGGUGGGAAACGGCCAUGCUCACAGCUUGUUUACCUGCGAGCCAAUCCGAGUGCACCGGUGUUUGGGGAUGCCCUACAACAUGACCUUCUUUCCCAACAUGAUGGAGCACUAUGAUCAGGAUAUUGCAGCCAGUUACAUGGAGCCGUUCAUGCCCCUGACAAAGUUGGGCUGCUCUGCAGACGUGCACCACUUCCUUUGUCAAGCCUUUGUCCCUGCAUGCACUGAGGACAAUAAGGUGAUCCGUCCUUGCCGGGAGCAGUGUGAGGCAGUUCUGUCAGGCUGCGAGGAGAAUAUUCGGAUCUUUGGUAUCACGUGGCCCCCUGAGCUACAGUGCAACAAAUUAGACCUAUGUAGCUCCACUGAAGGUUCAGCUCCUCCUGCAACCACGCCAGCAAUCUCUUCCUCAUCAUCUGUGAGGGACCUUGGUUUCUGGUGCCCUCUGCAGUUGAAGACCAAAGCAGGCCAUGGGUCAUCAUUCCUGGGUGCUCAGGACUGUGCUCCACCUUGUUCCAACAUGUACUUUAAGCCCCAUGACAUCGAGUUUGCCAAGAGCUUUAUCGGGGUGUGCUCCAUCAUCUGCCUGGGUUGCACUCUGUUCACUUUCCUUACAUUCCUCAUUGAUGUCAAACGUUUCCGCUACCCUGAGCGACCCAUAAUCUUCUACGCCGUCUGCUACAGCCUUGUCUCCCUCAUAUACUUCAUCGGCUUCUUGCUGGGGAACAAAGCCGCCUGUAGCAAGGCGGCACAACCUUCCGGUGUGGAUACGGUUGUGCUCGGCUCUCAAAGCAAAGGGUGCACCUUGCUUUUCAUGCUCCUCUACUUCUUCUCCAUUGCUGGUAUUGUCUGGUGGGUCAUCCUCACCAUCACCUGGUUCCUGGCAGCUGGACCCAAAUGGAGUUGUGAGGCCAUAGAGAAAAAAGCAGUGUGGUUUCACUCUGCUGCCUGGGGAAUCCCCGGGGCGCUGACUGUCAUGCUGCUUGCUCUGAACAAAGUUGAAGGGGACAACAUCAGUGGCGUCUGUUUCGUGGGACUUUAUGAUUUGGACGCGCUGCGCUACUUUGUUCUGGCUCCGCUGUGUGUCGGCGUCGUCGUUGGCCUCUUCCUCAUCCUGGCGGGCAUAGUUUCUCUCAAUCACGUGCGACAGGUCAUCCAGCAUGAUGAGCGUAACCAGGAGAAGCUGAAGAAGUUCAUGAUCCGCAUCGGUGUGUUCAGCUGCCUCUAUCUGGUCCCGCUGGUCACACUGUUAGCCUGCUACACCUAUGAACAGAGUCACCGCAGCGCCUGGGAGACUACGUGGAUCAACGACCACUGUCAGGAAUACAGCAUCCCCUGUUCCUACAAGACAACAGUGCCGGAUCAUCCUGACCUCUCUCUGUUUUUGGUGAAAUACUUGAUGACACUGGUGGUUGGAAUAUCUGCAGUGUUCUGGGUCAGCAGCAAAAAGACAUGCUCUGAGUGGGCCUACUUCUUCAAUAGGACUCGCAAGAGAGAUCCCAUCAGUGAGAGCCGCCGUGUGCUUCAGGAGUCCUGUGAGUUCUUCCUCAAGCACAACAGCCGUGUACAGCACAAGAAGAAGCACUACAAGCCCGGCUCCCACAAGCUCAAGGUCAUUUCCAAGUCCAUGGGCACGAGCACAGGUGCUGCUCCCACCAAUGCCUCCACUGGCACCCACACAGCCAACCAAGGAACCUCAGCACUGGGAAACCAUGAUCCCCAUAUACAAGCUUCUCUGUCUGAGACCUCAGCUAGGGAGCACAUGGACAGAGGCGUCUCAAGCCGAAGCUCCAGAAGAGGAGAGAGGGACCGAGAGAGGGAGAGGGGGGAGAGACGCAGCAAAGGUGGGACCUCAAGUAAGGUCAGCACCCAUUCAGACAACAUACACCCAGAUGGGAGAUUGAGUCCAAGGAGCGAACUGUCAGAGGUCAGGCACCUUUCAACCGCUCCGCAGCAUCCAGCCGUAAACCUGUCCCAGAGCACCAGCAUCAUCCCAGACUCCACCCACCAGCUGGUGCAGCAGGUUCCUGAGGAGAGCAAGGUCACAAAGGACUUGAGCAGCUGAGAUCUCUGACCCCAUUCAACAUCUCUGAUACCACAGAGAAACCAGUCACCACCUGAUGCUGAUGGUCACAUGCGUCACGCUGUUAUCAUAUACGCUGAAUAAUAGUCAGUGAAUGUUUGUUGGCAACAUAAUAUUUCAUGCCUUGAGUAUUUCAAACACGGUUUGUUGGACCAGAAUCUGAGAGAUUCUUUUGUGAUUUGGGUCUUUGAGCUUUACUGAGUUUUUUUUUUUUUAGCUUUGUACCUGAAUGUUGCAGAAGCACAGCUUUAUUCCAACUAUACAACCACUGGUUUAAUUCAUUAGUUUGCAUACUAUACGUCUUCUGUUCUGUAGAUUAGUAGCUCAGAAGCCUGCUGGUAAACCUAAGCGAUAUUUAUGUAAAUAUGGUUUUAGAAAGUCUUUGACUGGAUUAGUCGUUACACUGAACAUUUUUUAGAUGAUCCUGAUGUUACCGAACAUUCAGAAUGAGCUGAGUCUGUCUGUGGUGAACUAUUAUUGAAUGUCUUAUUAUUCUUACUGGUGAUUUGUCUUGAAACCUCAUCCUUUUACACAGAAUGCAACCGUUUUUCCCUCAUUCGAAAGGAGGCAUAUUUUUUUUAAACAAGUAUUUCAGCUUUAUAGUUAUAUCCUUUUUUUUAAAGAAUGUAUCUACUGUUUGAGUGGAACUGACAGAUGUUGUACAUGUGUCCUGUUUUAUUGUUAUAGGUGGAAACAAAUCAAACCACUAAUUAUAAAGUUUGAUUAAACCUCACGAAGAAAAGAGGAUUUGGCUAUUGUUCAGGGGUUAUUUAUAGCACAUGGUCAUAGACCAGAUAUCACUUUUUUUAAAAGAAUUCCUCAUACACCUGUGGUUUAUUAAAAACAUAUGUCAGGCUGUAGUAUUUACUCUGUACAAGGGGCGGAAUCUUUCUAUACUUAUACCUUUUUGUUUUACGUUGGCGUUAUAUGACCAGUUCCAGUCACACUAAUUAAAAGGGAAUCAUUGUCAGUCUGUUUCUACUAUGUAUUUUUAUGUUGUAGCAUGUGGACUGGGCUUUUGCUUUUGAUGUAGUUUAGUAAGUACCAGGGGUUAUCAAAGUCUGAGAAGGUUCCUUCUCACUCCAUCUGUUUUCCUUCUCUUUCUGGACACUUAUGAUUAGGUUAUUUGAUGCCAUAGACUCUGAGUUAGUGUCACUGAAUGAGUUGACCAUUGACCAAACACUAAAAAACCCCACUGUACGUGAAGGCAUUCCUGACAACCAUAUGUAUCUCUGAGCCAUUUCUCGAACUACAUUUGGUAACAAAUGUAUAUUUCAUCUCACUUACACUCACUGAGCCUCCUUUUGAAAUUGCUAGGAAACCACCUCCCACUUUGAAAACCUCUGCUCUAUGAACGGUCAACUUUUAUAUCUAUAGUAUUUCAUUUUGAUAAAUAAAAACAAAUAAAACACAUUUGGUAAAUACGUCA